UCCAGCUAAUUUGGAUAUACCAUUUACAAGUUCAUCUAUAUAUAUGUUUAUACGUCACAUAUCUAAACUCACAGCCUGCAGCCUUCAACUUCUCAUAUUUCACUUGCUUCAUAAAACUCUCAUAUACUACUUCAUUGUCUUUCAUUUUUGGCUUCACAAAAGAUUAAUUUUAACAAAGAAUCGAUGGCUAUUCACAAAAUUCUAAGGCGGUCUUUAUCGGGUGAAAAAAGAUCAACUGAAGUUCCAAAGGGACAUUUGGCUGUUUACAUCGGAGAAAGUGAAAAGAAGCGAUUUGUAAUUCCAUUAUCGUAUUUGAAUCAUCCUUCCUUUCAAGAAUUACUAUGUCAAGCUGAAGAAGAAUUCGGAUUCCACCAUCCAAUGGGUGGACUUACUAUUCCCUGCAGUGAGGAUUUAUUCGUCGAUCUAACAUCUCGCUUGAGGAGAGCAUAAUAUAUAUGCUAGGUUUUAGAGCAUAUAAAUUUUGUUAGCUAGAUUCUUUACAUAUUUUGUACACAGAGAAGAUACUUUGUCGGAUACAAAAUGUAUUCCCGCACAAAUUAAUCGUAAUACUUUAAUACAUGGAUGCCUUAUCUUCUUACAAAUUUU